AUGCUGCCCACGGUCCAGGUACUGCUGGGCGCAACCGCUCUCCUUGCGCGUCUGGUGGUAGCGUCCAGCUCGCAUCAGGAGGACGGGCUACCUUCGUACCACUACGGUGCCGCGAUACCUGUAGAAUGUAUGAAACGGAAUAUAGAAACGGGCGAACAUAUCCAGAACGAAAAGGACGAGAUCGAAUGGAUGCCCUUCCCCGUGUGCGAGGAGACGGCCAAGCCGCUUCAAUUCCAUUAUGGCGUUGAGACGGAACAGAAUUGCACUGUUCCCAUGAUUGACGACCCUUUCUUCCACCUGCUCGAGUUCUACAUCCACAACGACGCGCCCCUGGCAUGCCGACUCCCUGCCCGUCCUGCCCCCCAAGUCGAGACUGUCGGUGCGAAACCAUACGAGCAGGAGUAUAUACCUCUUGUUUUUGCCCUAGCUGGAACCCUCCAAUUGAGCCAUUUGCACAUCAGCACGCACCUCAAUGUCUUGCUUCACAGCACGCCGAAACACCACCUUCACCCGCACGAUAGCGGCGUCCUCGACUCGGGCGCUGCAUAUAGUACGAGUCCGCUCAGCCACAUGCAGGGCAGCCAGACCAAGAGAUUGGUCAUUGGCGAUCCUCUCCCCUUUAGCUUCAGCGUUCGAUGGUUCCCAACGCCCGCAUUACCCAAGACCGAGGGCAAGGUCGAGUGGCAGGGCAUGGGUGGACACAUUUACUUCAGCACCGUCUUUUACGGCCUUGUUUCCUUCAUUGCUGGCGCAUUGGCAAGCACCAUGUACUUUUUCGGCGUUGUUAUGCCAAAGAAGCUCAAGGGCAGAGGACUAGGAGGUGCUACGCCCCUGGGCUAUGGAAUGAAUGGAAAGGGUGUGGGCAAUGGAUGGGGCAUCGCGAAGCGCAUCGACUAA